AUGCGUUUCUGUACUACAAUCGCUGCUCUCCUCACCAUCGGCCUCGCAGCUGCUCAUUCUCGUCGCGCUGCCUGUGCUGCUCAGAACAUCCUCGACGCAUGUCUCGCUACAGAGCAAGCACAACUCCAGGCCUGCGGAGUCAACGACUGGUCCUGCCUCUGUGAACAAAGCAACAAUGUCUUGACCUGCUACAACAACUGCCCCGGCGACGACGGCCACUUCGGCGCCCAACAAAGAAUGACAUCCUACUGCAACGCCGCAAAAGCAUAUAGCCCCAGCAGCAUUUCCAGCAGUGCUGUCAGCUCCGCAACUUCAGCGCAUGCUUCAGAAAGCUCUGGUGGGUCCGCAUCAUCGACUGCCUCUGGAGCAUCAGCUACUGAGACCGGUCCUUCAUCCUCGGGCCAUUCUUCGUCUUCUUCGACUUCUGCAUCUGGAUCUUUGUUUACUCCGCAUUCUGCUGCUGCUUCUAUUGCUGCCGGUAUGGUUGUUCAGGGUGGAGUUGUUGCUGCGUUGGCUUUGGGAUUGGGGUUGAUCUGGUAAGAUAUUGAUCUGUCUGCCUUUGGAUCUCAUCUGCUUGAUCUCUAGCAUCGAAAGGAGAAUUAUUUCAUAAUGUAUAAUAAUGAAGUUGGCAACCACCGCAGAACAUCAAUGAUACUUACUUAC